AUGUGCGGUUUCUCCUCAAGAUUCCUCUCGUUUCGCAAGAUUGGCCAACAGCAUGCCAAGCUGGAGGAGGAGCUAGAGGCUGCGGAGGAGGCUCGUCGCCGGGCGGACGAGAAAGUUCGUUUGGCCGACGCGAAGGUCGAGCGUCUUCGCAAACAAAAGAAGAUGUGGUUUGAAAAAAUGAUGCGAGCUGUGUCUCGCGGAAUUGAUGACUUGGAGGAAUUGGAUCGGGUGGAGCGUGAGGAGGCGGAACAGGAGGAGCGUCGCCGAUCAGCCGAGGUCCUGCCUGAAGUGUCCUUGGAGUCGCUUCUUCCGGAUUCCAAUUUUGUCUGGGAUUCGACUUUCCCGAUGGGUCCUCUGAAUCCUUCGUUGUUGGAUGAGAUGAAUGUUCUUGCGCAAUAUUCCGUUGGUACGUCGUUUUUUGGUGUUUUUGUUUUGUGUUGCAUAUUGAUCGUUCCUUAAUAGGUUCGUUUGGUGGUAUGGUUUCGAGUCCUGGUCGGUCCUUAACUUCUGGGAAUGAUCCAACUCCUGAUAAUAUUGGCGGAGCGGUUCCUGGCAAUCCUGGAGGUGGUUAAGGGGUUCCCAAAUGUUUUCCUCAUGCCUAUAAUUUUCCCAUUUAACAAGGUACUUUGUUUUGCCGUGGUUUCGUCUGUGGUCGAAUAUUCGUUCAACGUCAUAGGUUUGUUCUGCGUCGAUCUCGAUCGUUUUUUGUAUGCUGGUGCCGUAUAGUGCUGGUUCCAGUAAUAAUACGUGAAAUGUGGGGUGAAUUUUCAUGGUGUCUGGUAAUAACAGUCUAUAAUUGGUGUCGCUGAUUUUCUUACUGAUUUUAAAAGGUCCAAACUUCUUAAAAUCGAGCUUGCUGUUAGGUCGUUGUGUUUUGAUAUUGCGUCGAAUAAGGUAAACGCUAUCUCCCUUUUUAAAGGAUGGUCCCUUCAUCCGAUG